CUUUAUAACAUGUUUUAUGCAUAGUUUUUCUGUUUCUUGCAAACUAUAUGAAAAACUCAUGCACUUUCAAUGAACUUUCUUGAAUCCUUUUGUCGGACUCGAUUAUCACUUUCUUAAAGCUGCAAACUUUUUGUUGUUCUUUUUUUCUUGGAUAUAGAAAGAGGGCUGUGAUGGAACAGAAGCACGUUUUGUUGUCAGCAUUGAGUGUUGGGGUUGCUUUGGGUGUUGGAUUGGGAAAAUGGGUUAGUGUUGGGGUUGAUUUUAAUGACAUUUCUGAGGAACAGAUUGUGAUGGAGCUCAUGAACCUUGUCAUUGAUGGCAAAGAUAGUGGAAUCACAUUCGAUGAGUUUCCUUAUUACUUAAGUGUAAAUAUCCAAAUUUUGUUGAUAAGGGCUGGAUAUGUUUAUUUUAAACAAGAUAACUUAUUGAGGCACACGAGGAACCUUUCACCAGUAAGCCGAGCUAUUUUGCUUUCUGGACCUGCAGAACUUUAUCAGCAAAAUAUUGCUAGAGCUUUAGCACGUUACUUUGAAUCAAAGUUACUGUUGCUAGAUAUUACUGACUUCUCUUUGAAGAUGCAGAACAAAUACGGUUGUCCUAGAAAAGAACCGGAUUUAAAAAGGUCCAUAUCUGAGAAAGUGUCAGAUUUAUUUGGUUCUCUGUCAAUCCUCCCUUCAACGGGCGCAAUUAGAGCUCCUUUGAAGUGCACAAACCGCUUCUGUUUUGAUGAAAAUAUUUUCCUGGAUUCACUCUACAAGGUCUUGGUUUCUAUAUCAGAAGUUGAUUCUGUUAUUUUAUACAUCAAGGAUGUUGAGAAGAUCUUUCAUCGAUCACCAAGGAUGUACAGUUUGUUCCAAAAGCUAUUAAAGAAACUUUCAGGAUCAGUGUUAAUACUCGGUUCCCGGACAUAUGAUUCAGAAGAUAAUAAUUGUAUAGAAGUUGAUGAAAAACUCACUAUGUUAUUCCCUUGCAACAUUGAGAUAAAACCGCCUCAAGAUGAGACUCAUCUCAAAAUCUGGAAUGCCCAACUUAAAAAGGCCAUGAAAGAGACUCGUUUGAUAGAUACCAGAAACCAUGUAGAGGAAGUGUUGGCAGCCCACGAGAUUGACUGUGAUGACUUGAAUUCAAUCGGUGAUACUGACAUUGUGCUGCUUGGUAAUUACAUCGAAGAGAUUGCGACAUCUGCAAUUUGUUAUCACUUGAUGGAUAACAAGCAUCCAAAAUACAAAAAUGGAAAGCUAAUUAUAUUGGCCAAAAGUUUGUUCCAUGUAUUGACUUUGUUCCAGGAGAGUAAAAGCAAUGAGAAGGAUAAUACGAAGACUAAAAAACCAAAAAAGAAAGUUCCUCAUAAUGAUGUCUUUGAGGAGCACAUAAGACAAGAGGUUAUCUCUGCAAAUGAGAUAGGGGUGACAUUUUCAGAUAUUGGUGCAGUGGAUGAUGUUAAAGAAUCACUUCAGGAAGCGGUUAUGCUUCCCCUUAGAAGACCAGAACUAUUCAAAGGUGGUGGGCUUUUGAAGCCUUGUAAAGGUGUAUUGCUUUUCGGACCUCCUGGUACAGGGAAAACAAUGCUUGCAAAGGCAAUUGCAAAUGAAGCUGGAGCAAGUUUCAUCAAUGUCUCACCGUCCACCAUCACUGCAAUGUGGUUUGGAAAUGGUGAAAAAAAUGUCCGGGCUCUUUUUUCGCUAGCGGCAAAGGUUGCCCCAACCAUUAUUUUCAUUGAUGAAGUUGAUAGCUUGCUUGGGCAACGGUCUAAUGGUCAGCAUGAGCACAACUCAAUGAGAAGACUUAAAAAUGAAUUCAUGUCUCGCUGGGAUGGACUGUUGUCGAAACCUGAUGAGAAAAUUCUUGUUCUUGCUGCUACCAACAUGCCAUUUGACCUUGAUGAAGCAAUUAUCAGACGGUUCCAGCGCAGGAUCAUGGUUGGUCUUCCGUCUGCUGAGAACAGGGAAUCGAUCUUGAAAACUCUUCUAGCUAAGGAAAAACAUGAAAAUAUAGACUUCAAAGAACUUUCAAUUAUGACAAAAGGAUAUAGUGGAAGUGAUCUUAAGAACUUGUGCAUGACUGCAGCUUAUCUCCCCGUCAAGGAGCUAAUACAACAGGAGAAGGCAAAAGAUGUGAAAAAGGAGGCAAAAGUUGAAAUCUCAGAAGAUACUUCCAAUGCUAUAGAAGACAAAGAAGAUCAAGUGAUUGCCCUCAGGCCUUUAAACAUGGAAGACAUGAGACAUGCAAAGAAUAAGGUGGCUGCAAGUUUUUCUGAAAAUGGAUCAAUGAUGAACAUGUUGAUGAAGUGGAAUGAUUUGUACGGUGAAGGAGGUUCAAAGGAGAAAGUGGAAACGCCAAGUUAUUUCAUUUAAGAUUGUGGAAAGCAAGUUUUCAUGAGUACACCUUAAUAUUCAUCCAAAGGAUAUAUAUAUAUAUAUAUAUAUAUAUAUCAUUCAUCAGAGAUAUUGAACUCAAAACAUGCUAGAUUGUUGCAAAAAUCAAAUGUGAAGUGAUUUAUCAUCAUGUUUGGAGGAGUAUGUACGAAUCAUAUUCUCAAGACAUUAAAUUUUAUAAAUUGAUUUGUUUAGCAGCACUGCUUAUAGAGUUUUGGUUUAAAUUAUUUAUGUGAAUCAUCUUGCAUAGUCAGUGUGGUCUUUAAACUGAAUAUAAAGGUUUAAGCUAUUA